CAGAAUCUCUCCUUCACCUCUAAAGGAGACCGGUGUGACUUGUCGUUUGUGGACAUUGCUUUUGCUUUGAAUUAUCUCCAGCUCACUGGAAAGGGGUUAAACCGGUGGCUUGGUGCUUAGGCUUUUUCACUGUACUGGUUCGUGAGGCACAGAUGGACAAGCAGCUGAUGCAGGAGGCAGCUCCCUGCACAGCUCACUCUGCAAGCCAGAACCCGAAGGCAUCUUGAAAUAGAAAUUCAAAAAGAAGAAGGAGGAGGAAGAGCAGGAGGAGGAGGAGGAGGAAGAGGAGUAGGAGGAGUAGGAGGAGGAGGAGAGAGACAGAGGCAGGGGGUGUUUUGAGUGCGAGCACUGGUAUGCCAGGCUCAAUACCUAGCAUGGCUGUGCAAAAGAAACAGAGUGGCAUCCCUCCAUCGCAGGGACCACUGUCUACACGUACCAUCGAGCGCCAGGGGAAGGGGAAUGGACUUGAGAGAACAGGAGAGAAUGGCUCUUAUAUCAGACAAAAUUUGCCGCCAAAGAAAACAGCUCCUUCUGUCAAUAAGUCCCCACAAAUCCUCAACGCCUUUUCUCCACGGGUCGCUGCAGUGGCUAAUGGACCUAAUGUUGACGAGAGGCUGAAGGCAGCGCGAGAAAGAAGAGAGGAGCAGGAGAAGUUAGUCGCCUCCCGGGAGCUGAGCAGGUUGGAGCGGGAGCAGCGAGCCCGGCAAUUCCAUCAACAGCAAGUGGAGGAGCGCAAGAAAAAGAUCCUAGAGCAGAGGCACAGAGAGGACAGGAGGCGCUCUGCUGUGGAGGAGAAGCGCAAGCAGAGGCUGCAGGAGGAGAAAGAGCGAUAUGAAUCUGCAGUGCGCAAGACGCUGGAAAAGAGCCAGAGGGCCCAAUACAAUAUCAGUCCAAACACAAGGGGGAGGAAGGUAACCAAUAACGUUCCACGCCGCUUACCCCUGACACCAUGGGAGAAGAACUUGGUCAGUCGCCUCGGCACUCCCACUUGCUCUUAUCUGGCCAGGAGCAAGAGUGCUGGUUGUCAGUCAGGAGAAGAAGUUGUCCAUGUUUGUCGCCGUGCAGUUUCAUUCCACUCCAUGAACACCACCACCACCUCCUCCACUCCUCACAAACCCCAGCAACACUCUGGUUCAGUCCAACAGAGGCCAUCUGCCUCCCCAAGUCCCAACAACAGAAGCCUCCAUCUGGCACAGAUUAAAACACCAAAACAGCAAGACACCAUUAAGACGCCAGAGAGUAAGAAGAACUCAAGCAGGAGCUCAAACAUCAGAUCCGUCAUCACCAGUGUGAAACCAGCCACAGUGACACAGAGCAGAAAAGCCUCACCCUCACCAGUUCGGAGUCCUCGAAGAUCAGUCAGCAGACAGUCAACCCCGCUGCAGCUCGAGCUCACAACGGUCCCCGAGGAGGCUGUUUGUCACACUGCCCUCGCUCCUGGUAACUCAAGGCCUGUCAGGACAUCAUCUGGAGGUCGGACAGAGAAAAUGAAGAGUGAAACACCAGAACCAGUGACUCCCUGUCUGAACCUGCCCAACAAAGCUCCUACAACCGCACCAGUGAGAGAUAAAAGUCCUUCCCAUAGACCACCUGAUCCAUCCACCCAGCCUUCUGAAGUCGUGAGCAGGCCCUUGGCUGGAACCACAGACCAAGAGGCCGCCUCACGUCUCCUCGCUGAAAAGAGGAGAGAGGCCAGACUACAGCGGGAGAGAGAUGAGCAGGAGCGUCUGCAGAGAGAGGAGGCAGAAAGGCGCAGUCGUGAAGAAGCGGAGCACAGGAGGGCAGAGGAGCGAGAACAACAGCAGGCCGAAGCUCAGCGUCUAAUGGAGGAGAAGAGGAGGAGGGAGGAAGAAGAGCAGCGCCGAGCCGAGGAAGAGAGAGCUCAGGCCAAGAGGGAAGCCGCCCUCCUGCAGAAACAGAGAGAGGAGGAGGAAGCCAGGGACAGGGCGAAGGCGGAGAAGCUGAAACAAGAGCGACAGAUGCUCGCACAAAAAGAAGAGGUAGACCGUCAAGAAAGAAAAAAGCGACUAGAGGAGAUCAUGCGGAGGACCAGAAGGACCGAUUCUCCAGAUACGACGUCCUCACCAGUCCGGCUCUUACCAAACGCACCCAGACCAAAGGAAAACACAGAGCCUGUGCACAAUGGCACCAUUGAACAUGUCGUCAAGUUGCCAGUGGGCACCAGGUCCACACAGCUGGGGCUAAACAAUGAGGAGGAGGGGGUACCUGUUGUGGCCUUCAAAGAACGAAGGUCUCUCCGAACGCUCACCGGCCUGGAGGAAAUCCAGACCCACCAGCGAGCAGAGGUCAUCUGAGCAUCUGCCGGAUGUUCAAAGACUUGGAGAAGCUGCGUGAUGGGAUUUCCUGCAUUACAGCCAGUUCGUGCCCCUCAACACCUUGAACGAGCAUGUGAACCUGCCUCAUUGAGGUCAUCAGCACUUGGUAUUUGGUCACUUUUCUGGGUGUACCCAGUGGCACAAUUGGAUUGGACGAGUUAGAUCAGAGUUUUAUUUAUUGCAGCAGGUUUCUGAACUAAUAAAUAUCUGAAAAACUUCACGUAGACAGCGGUGAUGAUAGCUUGCUGGCAAAUGCAGUUAGUCGUUAUGGAGAGUGUCGCCUCUGUGAAAUAAUAGGAAUAGCCACUUUAACAAUCACAACAUAUGUUAGCCAUAUGCUUUCUGCUUAUUCCUGAUAUUUCUUGAUGUCUAAGCACUUUUCCUUCCUCAGUCUCGUCGCUGUGGGAUUAGAAUAGCUUGAGUCACUGUUUCUGCGCUAAGAACACAAGAGUUAGAAUAUUUAUUGAAAGUUCCUUUCCUGCAUUAAUGCCUAUCUUACCCUUCGAUUUUGUGACAAUAUAGCAAUCACAUAUUUCAAAGCUGCUACAGACUUAGUCUCCAAAGACAUUGCUUUAGUUUUGUGAGUGAUGUUUUAGUAAAUACGAUGCACAAAGCGUUUAUUGCACUGACAGUUGCUUUGUUUGAUAUCGCGCAAAUCACUUUACAGAGCAAAGUUUGAGAUGUAAAGGUUAAGUGAGUGAGUUUAUUUAAAUAAAAGCAUAUAAAAUAUAAAAAAAUAUAUAUGAUCAUUAGUAUUUGAUAAUACAGUUUAAAUAUUGCCUAUAACUAUCACUUGUAAAUGGGAUGAGAAGUCAAGAUAUGCCAUAUUUGAUCCAAGUUGAUACUAUGCUGCGCCUCUGUCUUUGUUUGCACGGUGACUGUAACCAACAUGAAAACAAAAGUCAAAAUAAAAAGCACACUGAAAUACCUAAGGUGAA